GCACCGGAGUUUUCCGCCUUGCUUUCACUAGCCUAUCUUCGAUGAUCAUUUCUCUUAAAGCAAUAAAUGUAGAUCUUCAAAGUGAUGCUGCCCUGCAAGUGGACAUUUCUGAUGCUCUUAGUGAAAGGGAUAAAGUAAAAUUCACCGUUCACACGAAGAGUUCAUUGCCAAAUUUUAAACAAAAUGAAUUUUCUGUUGUUCGACAACAUGAGGAAUUUAUCUGGCUUCAUGAUUCUUUUGUUGAAAAUGAGGACUAUGCAGGUUACAUUAUCCCACCAGCACCACCAAGACCUGAUUUUGAUGCUUCACGGGAAAAACUCCAGAAGCUUGGAGAAGGAGAAGGAUCAAUGACAAAGGAAGAAUUCACAAAGAUGAAACAGGAGCUAGAAGCUGAGUAUUUGGCAAUAUUUAAGAAGACGGUUGCAAUGCAUGAAGUGUUCUUAUGUCGUGUGGCAGCACAUCCUAUUUUGAGAAAAGAUUUAAAUUUCCAUGUCUUCUUGGAAUAUAAUCAAGAUUUGAGCGUGAGAGGAAAAAACAAAAAAGAGAAACUUGAAGAUUUCUUUAAAAAUAUGGUGAAAUCAGCAGAUGGAGUAAUUGUUUCAGGAGCAAAGGAUGUAGAUGAUUUCUUUGAGCAUGAACGAACAUUCCUUUUAGAAUAUCAUAACCGUGUUAAGGAUGCGUCUGCUAAAUCUGAUAGGAUGACCAGAUCGCACAAAAGUGCUGCAGAUGAUUACAAUAGAAUUGGUUCUUCGUUAUAUGCUUUAGGAACUCAGGAUUCUUCUGAUAUAUGCAAAUUUUUUCUCAAAGUUUCAGAACUUUUUGAUAAAACAAGAAAGAUAGAAGCCCGAGUGUCUGCUGAUGAAGAUCUCAAGCUUUCUGACCUUUUAAAAUACUACUUAAGAGAAUCUCAAGCUGCUAAGGUAAUUUUAUUCAUUGUUUUUUUUUUUAAAUGAGUAUUUUUACAGAAAACCAUCUGUGUAGACAUGGAUAG